UGCCAGUAUGUCGUGCUGUAAUUGGUAAAUACACAAAAUAUCGGACCAAUCAAGGAUUAUCUUUUUGGUCCGCGAGAAAGAAAGAAAAAAUAUUGAAACGAGUUAGCAGUGUCGUCAAGAAGUCCGAAGGAACCAUCAUGGGAGUGUUAUCCACAAUUUUGAGGGGUCUGGUUAGAGGUGCAGACAGGAUGUCUCCGUUCACCAGCAAACGCGGCUCAAAAUCCCACAACAAAGGUCGCGGCGCCCGGCCCGCAGGACGAAAGCUCCCCAGCGGCAAGUACGCGACUGUUCGAGAAAUGAUCCCUGAAUUUGUGGUGCCUAAUUUGGAGGGGUUUAAACUCAAGCCAUAUGUGUCAUACCGUUCACCAAGAGGGACGGAACCACCGUUCACAGCUCAGAUCUUAUUUGAUGAAGUUGUGGCUCCUCAGAUAAAGAGAGACUUUGAGGCGGGCGUUUUCAACAAAGAUCAGCUGGAGAAGUAUGGGUUUGAGCCAACGCAAGAUGGGAAGCUCUUCAAGCUGUAUCCUAAGAACUACGUGCGUUAGAGAUGAAUUGGAGACAGCCCACAGGAGGAUCYUCAAAUAAGGCUGCAAACUGUUUCUAAAAUAUGGCUGUUGGGUAAACAUUUGGCUACAACACUUAGACAUGAGUGAGACUGCAAAACUGUGUGUGUAAAACUGAUCCCGUGUGAUCAGAGUAUAACGUAUAACUGGUGUAUAAAAGCAGAUCUUGACCAUUGUUUUAUGUUGAUAUUAUGCAACACAAAUGAAUGCCUUCAGCUGUUUUAUUUUGUCAGAAUCAUUAAAUAACACCUUGACUUUCUAAAUUUUGAAAAAAUGUGCAAAAAUAAAAGGCUUGAAAUAAUG